AUGUUGGGUUUAAGAUCUUCUUUGAGAACUAGUUUAUUAAAAAACAGCAGCAGAUUGAUUUCCUCUUCUGCUAUUGCUGCCAAAUCUACCUAUAGAACUCCUGAUUUCGGUGAUUAUCUUAAGAAAGAUGGUGAUGCUGACAAAUCCAGAAGUUAUGCCUACUUUGUUGUCGGCUCUUUAGGUUUAUUAUCUUCCGCAGGUGCUAAAUCUACUGUCGAAACUUUUGUCACUUCCAUGACAGCCACUUCUGACGUUUUGGCUAUGGCUAAGGUCGAGGUUAACUUAGCUGUUAUCCCAGAAGGUAAAAAUGUUGUUGUUAAAUGGCAAGGUAAACCAGUUUUUAUUAGACACAGAACUCCCCACGAAAUCGAAGAAGCCAACGAUGUCGAUAUUUCCACUUUGAGAGAUCCACAAACUGAUGCUGAGAGAGUUAAAAAACCAGAAUGGUUAGUUAUGUUGGGUAUUUGUACUCACUUGGGGUGUGUUCCUAUUGGUGAAUCUGGUGAUUUCGGUGGUUGGUUUUGUCCAUGUCACGGUUCCCACUACGAUAUCUCGGGUAGAAUUAGAAAAGGUCCAGCCCCAUUGAACUUGGAAAUUCCAAACUAUGAAUUCGAUGGUACAAACUUAAUUGUUGGUUAA